CUUCUGUCGCCGUAACGGUGAGACUUUAUUAAUUAGUCUAGUAACCAAACAGAUCUUUUGUUCAGCUCUUCUUCGACCCUAAUUACCAAAGGCCGCAAGAACCGUCUUCUAUAAUGGCGUCGGAGAAGCGAUGCCACUACGAGGUCCUUGGACUCUCUCGGGAGUGCACAGCAGAGGAAAUUCGCUCUGCAUACAAGAAACUAGCUCUCCAGCGCCACCCCGACAAGCUCAUCCAAUCCGGCUUGAGCCAAGCUGAAGCCACCGCUCAAUUUCAGGAGCUUGCUUACGCUUACGAGGUUCUCUCCGACCCUAAGGAACGCGCCUGGUACGAUUCUCACCGCUCUCAGAUCCUCUUCUCCGAUCCUAAUUCCGCCAACUCGGUCCCUGGAUCUGUCAUCCCUAAUUUAUUUUCCUUCUUCUCUAACACGGUCUAUUCGGGUUAUACGGAUACAGGCAAAGGGUUUUAUAAGGUGUAUUCGGAUGUUUUUAACAAAAUUUACGCGAAUGAGGUCAGUUUUUGUAAGAAAUUAGGAUUGAGGUUGGAUAGUCUGAGGGAGGCGCCGGUGAUGGGGAAUUUGGGGAGUCCGUAUGGGCAGGUUACAGCGUUUUAUAAUUACUGGUUAGGGUUUUUUACGGUAAUGGAUUUUUGUUGGGUGGAUCAAUACGAUGUAAUGGCCGGGCCGAAUCGGAAAUCAAGGAGGGUGAUGGAGGAAGAGAACAAGAAGUUGAGGAAAAAGGCCAGGAGGGAGUAUAAUGAGACGGUGAGGGGAUUGGCGGAAUUUGUGAAGAAGAGGGAUAAAAGAGUGAUUGAUAUGAUGGUGAAGAAAAAUGCGGAGUUGGAGAAAAAGAAAGAGGAGGAGAGGGAGAGGAAGAAGAUGUUGGAGAGAGAGAAAAUGGAGAGAGCUAGAGCAUAUGAGGAGCCGGAGUGGGCAAGACUGAAUGAAGAGGAUGUGGAGGAAGUGGAGGUGUUUGAGGAGGAAGGAAAGGGUAAGACGGGGAAUGGAGGGAAAGAGUUGUAUUGCGUGGUGUGUGGAAAAAAGUUUAAGAGUGAGAAGCAAUGGAAGAAUCAUGAGCAGUCGAAGAAGCAUAAGGAGAAGGUGGCUGAGUUCAGGGAGUCAUUUGGGGAUGAUGAAGAAGAGACACUAGAAGAUUUUGAGGAGGAUGAACAAGGAAACAAUGAAGAAAUGGUUAACAAUGUUGAUGAGGUAGAUGGGAGGUUUAGAGAGGGUUUCAGGAUAAGGGAGGAAGAGAAUGGGGUUGAGAAUGCAGAAUUGAGAGAUGAGGAAGAUGGGUUCUUUGAUGUUGAGGACGGUGAUGAGGUGGAAGGAUUUGAUAUGGCAGAUGGGAAUGUUGAUGAUGAUGAGGUUGAGGAUGAGGAUGGUGAUGGGGAAAUGAGUGUACUUGAAGCAAUGGUAACUGGGCACAAGAGUAGGAAAAGUCGGGGUUCAAGGCAUGUGAGUGAGAAUUUUCCAAUGGAAAUUCGUGCCGAAGAUGUGAAUGAGUUGGAAGUUAUGGAAUAUAACAACCUGAAAAGUAGGAGGAGGAGAGGCAAGAAAGAGAGGGGUAAGAAUGACUACGGAGUUUCUGAGAAGGGUGAUUUUGAGGAAAGAAGUCCAGAUGGUGAAAUUAAUGGGCAUGAUGACAGGCAAACGAAGGAGUCCCCUUCUCAUUUAUUUGUAGAAGAUGAGAAUGCUGGUAAAGACAACGAUAAUGCGAGGAAGAAUCAUAAGAAUUCAUAUCAUCCUGUCAACAAUAAAGGGGCCACAAAGAAGGAAUCAAAUAACAAAACGAAAAACUUGUCCAAAGGAAAGAAAGGAAAGGCAGCAGCAAAUAAUUCUGGCAAUGCAUGUGAGAAAUGUGGAGAGGAAUUUGAAUCAAGGAAUAAAUUACAUAAGCAUUUGACCGACACAGGUCAUGCUUCACUGAAAUUCAGAUGAUUUUUUUUAUUAGUAUUUUUUUUGUGCGGGUGCGUGGGGGAUUGGAAGAGGAGGUGUGCUAAGAGUUCAUUAUAAGAAAGCAAAAUAACAAGAUACUUCAAGACGCACAUACCAGGCAGUCUGUCAAAGGUGUGAGCUGAAAUAGCUGCUGUUUUGGCAGUGCUUGUUUUUAGGUGCGAAGUUGAUAAGAGUGCUGUUGCAAAUUGCAACUUACAUGUCAAUUUUGAAUGGUGACUAAAGCGUCUACAAUUGAAUUCUUUCCAGAAUUUAAGAAAUGUUACUUCUGAGAGUUGUACUGAAGUCUGUUGCAUUUUUUAAAAUUUAUUUUAAGUAGGGGUUUGAGGUUGUAUUUAUAAAUAAAUAAAUAUAUUUUUAAUCA